AUUCUCUCCAUAGUUUCACAAGGGAAGAGGAUGUACGUUAUUCUGGUCUUAGUCCAUCUUGUUUCACCACAGUGUCUGAACUUCUACUUUAAUGUUCGUCAAUAUCAUGGUGUGUCCAGCUCUACUGCUUCAGUGCUUCAUCUGGAUCUCUCUGAUGGCAAAAGGUGUGCAGAACGAGGUGACUCAUAUCGUCAGCAGAAUGUGUGUGGUUCGGCAGUCGACGGUGCUCAUACCCUGCAAACACACUUCUCCGAGCAAGCAGGUAAGAGCAGCCGAAUGGCUCUAUGAGAAAUCACCAGAGCAGAAGGUCAGGGUCUCUCAGGACCCCGCGUUUGAAGGCCGUGUGGAGUCUGUGCAGCCUCACACAGGAAACUGCUCGCUGCUCCUGAGGGACGUGAGAAAGAGUGACGCGGGCAUCUUCCGGUUUGUGCUCAGCACUGCUUCCGGACGAAACUUGACAAACAAUCAGGGAAUCCAGCUAGAAGUAACAGAUGCGGAGCUGGAGGUAAAGACCGAGUCUGAUGUUGUGAUGGAGGGAGACUUGAUCAUGUUUGUCUGUGGUUCAUGCAUCCCUUCCAUGACUGUACCAACCUACAUUUGGAAGAAAGAUGGGCAACUGCACAGUCAACACCAUGGGGACAACAUACUUGUGUUGGAGUCUGUCGAGCUGAAGGACGGAGGCCGAUAUUCCUGCAGCUUAAGCAGUCAUGAGGGACUGAGAUCCACAUCUGUUGAAGUCACUGUUAGACCUGGAUAUGCGGCUGAAGAAAGCCGCUCAGCUCUGAUCUGGGUCGUGGGGGGGAUCUCUGCAGCUGUUGUCCUGAUGUCUGUGAUUCUGAUGGUCUUCAUCGGGCUCUUGAUCAGAAGGAAACGAGCGACUCCAUCAGAAGAGCAAAACCCCAGAGGAUCAGCACACAGUAAGACGCCGGGGGCUCCUGAGGACACCUACAUGACCCUUGACCCCAAGUCCAGAUGUUCUGAAUACGACACACUGGAUAAUAUGAAGAGAUCCAGUGAAAACACAGACGACCCUGCAGCUCAGGAAGCUACGUAUGAAGACAUUGACAACUAAUUAAUUCACGAUAAUUCAUGUCUCUUUUUUUUUUAGUUAUUGAUUUUCUCCUAUAGAUUCACGUAUAACAUUAGUAAGAUUUCCACUCUCCCUGGCUUUGAAUUAAACAUGUUACUCUUUAUAGUGUUACUCGCAGUGUUACACCCAGAUCAACAUGAAAAAAAAAACACUCAUAUUUAGCCUGUAAAGAAAUCUAGAUUUAGUCAGCAAGUUUCUACGUAAGCAGAAAGAAACAGGAAGAUUAAAUCAGAUUACAGGAAGGGUUAUGGCAUUUGCAUAAAGGAUUAUGAUGUCAAAAUUAUGCAUGCA